GUUGACAGGCCAAAGAGUGUGUGUGAGUGAGUGAGUCUGAUUCUCCUCUCAGACGAGUAAUUGUAUCCUGACAUGGCUAAGCUUGUGGAGUGCGUUCCCAACUUUUCAGAGGGUCGAAACAAAGAGGUGAUUGAUGCCAUCGCAGAGGCCAUCUCUGGUACUGAAGGAUGCAGCCUGCUGGACGUGGAUCCAGGUUCCUCAACAAACCGAACAGUCUACACGUUUGUGGGAUCACCCCAGGCAGUGGUGGAGGGGGCACUUAACGCAGCCCGCAUAGCCUUUCAGCUCAUCGACAUGACCAAACACUCAGGGGAGCAUCCUCGCACUGGGGCCAUGGAUGUGUGUCCCUUCAUCCCUGUUCAGAAUGUCACCAUGGAAGACUGUGUCACCUGUGCCAACCUGUUUGCUCAGAGAUUGUCAGAUGUUCUACACAUCCCUGUGUAUCUGUAUGGAGCAGCUGCUCGUCAGGAGAACAGGACAUCCCUGCCCGCUGUACGCACGGGAGAGUACGAAGCACUGCCAGAGAAGCUGAAAAAGAGUGAGUGGGCCCCUGACUAUGGCCCUGCCACAUUUGUGCCCUCCUGGGGUGCCACAGUGACGGGUGCUCGCAAGUUCCUCAUCGCCUACAACGUUAACCUGCUCAGCACCAAGGAACAGGCCCACCGCAUCGCCCUAAACAUCCGGGAGCAGGGUAGAAGCAAGGACCAGCCAGGUCUUCUGAAGAAGGUGCAGGGGAUGGGCUGGUUCCUGGAGGAAGCCAACCUUGCCCAGGUGUCCACCAACAUCCUGGACUUUGAGCUGACCCCACUUCAUACAGUAUAUGAGGAAAUUUGCAAGGAUGCGCGGGAUCUGAAUCUGCCUGUGGUGGGGUCACAGAUAGUGGGACUGAUUCCUCUUCAAGCCGUGUUGGACUGCGCCAAUUUCUACAUUCAGAAGGAGAAACUGUUCAUUGUAGAGGAGGAGCACAAAGUGCGGCUGGUGAUCAGCAAACUGGGCCUGGACUCCCUGGGCCCUUUUGUACCCAAAGAGAGAAUCAUUGAGUACAUGGUGAAGGACUGUGAGGAGGACGGCCGUCUGGUGUCUCAAUCCCUCCAGCAGUUUGUGCACAGUGUGGGGGCCAGGACUGCUGCCCCAGGGGGUGGCUCUGUCUCUGCUGCCAUUGCCGCCAUGGGGGCAGCUCUGGGUGCCAUGGUGGGGCAGAUGACCUAUGGGAAGAGGCAGUUUGAGAACCUGGAUGGGGUGAUGAGGCAGCUGAUCCCGCCGUUCCACCAGGCCAUGAACGAGCUGCUGGACAUGGUGGACGCAGACUCCUCUGCCUUCAACUCCUACAUGACAGCUCUGAAAAUGCCAAAGAGUAACCCAGAGGAAGUGAAAAGGAGGGAGGCGGCGAUGCAGGAUGGCCUGAAGAAAGCGGUCGGGGUGCCCUUGGGUCUGGCCGAGAGGGUCACCCUGCUGUGGCCGUCUCUCAAGGAGAUGGUUCUCCAUGGAAACGUGGCCUGCAAGUCAGAUGCCCAGGUAGCCGCAAAGGCCCUGGAGACAGCUGUGUUUGGAGCCUACUUCAAUGUCAUCAUUAACCUGAAAGACAUCACAGACAAGUCCUUCAAAAAUGCUACCCAGCAGAGAGCCAAGGUCCUGCUCGAGGAGGCCAAAGCGAGUGUCCGAGCCGUCCUGGAGGCUGCAGACACAAGACAGUAGCGAGGACGGGCUGCGCCCAGGACCUGAUCUUGGCCCCGGCUGGAUUCCGGCUCUGGGGUCACGUCCACACAAACACCCUUUUCAACUGCUCCAUUAAACAUCAUCACUCGUGUUACA